GUCUUUCAAAAACCCCAAGCUGGCGAAUCCAACGGAAGACCGAUUAUAUUCAUCCAUGGCCUCUUUGGAUCCAAGCAGAAUAACAGGGGCAUGAGUAAGUAAGCAGACACCGCUUGUCUAUUUUCGACAUGCUACACUUAUAUACUGAUGCAAUCCGUACCUGGCACAGGGUUUUGGCAAGCCAACUGGGAACUACGGUCUAUGCUAUUGACCUUCGAAACCAUGGUGAUUCACCGCAUGUACCGGAGCAUAACUAUGAUGUUAUGGCGGAUGAUGUUGAAAAUUUCAUAAAGAACCGCAACCUGAAGAAGCCAGUACUACUGGGUCAUUCAAUGUUGGUGCUCAAGUGUAUCAUCGCCCCUGAUGGAACUACAAACCUGCUAAUAACUGCAUUAGGGGAGCCAAAGCAGCAAUGCAUCUUGCUCUCCGUGCUCCGGAUCUGAUCUCUGCAAUUAUAUCCGUGGACAAUUCGCCAAACAAGACUAAACUAAGUGAAAAAUUUCCGGCAUAUAUCAAAUAUAUGCAGGAAAUUGAAAAUGCUGGCGUAACCAAGCAGAGUGAAGCAGACGAGAUUCUGCGGCGUGUUGAACCGGUGUUUUUUUUUUUUUU